CCUGCCUCCCUGCAGCACUGUCUUAGAGUGGAAUAAUUCAAGUGUCCUGCACAGAGCCCUGACCUCAACCCCACUGAACACCCUUAGGAUGAACUGGAACACCGACUUGCACCCCAGACCUCCUCACUUAACAUCAGUGCCUGACCUUAUUAAUACUCUUGUGGCUGAAAUGAGCUCAAAUUCAAACAAGCAGCGCUUCAAAAUCUAGAGGAACGCUUUCUCAGGAGUGGAGGUUAUUAUAACGGCAAAGGGGGACUAAAUCUGGAAUUAGAUGUUCAACAAGCACAUAUGGGUAAGAUGGUCAUGUGUCCACAAACUUCUGACCAUAUAGUGUAUUGACACACAAUCAGGUCCAUAAAUAUUUAGAUAUUGAAGUUCUUAUUUUAGCGGUCACUGACUGUAUAUUGGAGUUGGAGUGAUGAAUAUGAGCUUAAAGUGCUUGCAGUUUACUUUAAAGUUUAUUUACAUCCAAACCGAGUGAACGCAUUUUCUAUAUGUGGUACCGCAGCUGUCUUCGGUUCCUGCUUGUUCUUGGGGUUUUGUCGUCAGCGGGGGAACCCAUACUCGAUUGUAUCUUCCAAUGCAGAUUGCAGAACAUUCCACUUCUUUUCCUUAAAAAAAUGCCUUGGGUUUUUUUUUAAAGUCGCAUGCUUUAGGUCAUUGUCCAUCUGCACUGUGAAGUGCUGUCUAAUGGGUUUUGAAGCAUUUGACUGAGUCUGAGCAGAUAAUAAAGGCCUAUAUACAUCAGAAAUCAUCCUGCUGUAACGGUCAGCAGUUACAUCAUCAAUAAAUACAAGGCAACCAGGUCUUCCCUUUUUCCACACUCUUUUCUUAUAGGAUAUUGUUUCAGAACUGUUAUAGCUUUUUAGUUUUUUUUCUUUAAAGGAGUUUUCUGCAAACUUUAAUCUGGUCUUUCUGUUUUUGAGGCUUACUAAUAGUUUGCAUCUUGUGGUAAAUCCUCUGUUUUUACUUUGGCGAAGUCUUUUCUUGAUUGUUGACUUUCAUACAGAUAUUCCUACCUCCUUCUUGAUCUGGCCAGCUGUUGUGAAGGGGUUUUUCUUCACCAGGACCAGUCGCUUCUGAUGGUCUUCCAGGUCUUUUGGUGUUCCUGAGCUCGCCAGUGAAUUCUUUCUUUUUAAGAACGUACCAAAUAGUUGAUUUGGCCACACUAAUAUCUUUGCUGUUUCUCUGAUGGGUUUGUUUAUGGCUUGCUUCACUGGCAGUCACGGCUGAAUGCACUGAACUAAUGAGGAGCAGGUCGACUGCUUAGUGAAGGGAUACCCUACGAAUUUGCGCUUCCCAAAAAUGGAUUUUGACCAAAAGUCACCUUUGAGUCAGUGGAUAAUCCCUGGACACUGUAGACUGGUGAUUAGGAGCUGCUGCUGUAAUCACAAAGCCCAGGACGCUUAUUCACUAAAUGCUCACAGUGAACAUCGUUUCAACACACUUCGUACUGUUUGACUUUACUCUAGUUCCCUUUUAACUCUGGUUCCUCUCGAUCUUUCUUCCUCAUGUUUUCUCUGAGUUUUUCCUCGUCUCUGUCGCCUCUGGAUUUCUGAUCAGUCUUCCUUGUGAAAGUCUGUUGUUAAAGGACACAGUCUAAUUGAAUUGAAGUAAAGUUCUGGUCUCGGUGUUCAAUUUGUAGCGGGUUCGGUUUUUAUUUAUUUAUUUUUUUCUGUGACAGAAAAAGCAUGUGCCAUCAUGCUCCACAGUACUUCUGCUCAUGCUCUGUUCCCUUGCCUUACUUACACUCUCUGUCUCUGUCUCCUCCCUCGGACACGCCUACUUUAAGUCUCUCAGUGCAGGCUGCCUGCUCUCGGUCACACGUCUUUGCCUCUCUCUCUCUCUUUCUCUCUCUCCUCCUUUUCACAAAGACCAAAGUUGUUGAAGGAGCUGAGGACAAGGGAUUUCUGAUGAGCUGUCAUCUCUGCCAGUCAGAGCCCUAUUUAGUAGGGACCAGUCUUGGUGCAUAGCAUCCUUUUACCCUCAGAACAAUGGACACAUUUUUCCGCCGUCAUUUCCGUGGGAAAUGCCGCGAGGCAGUCAGGCGUCGGCGCACCAGCAUGGCAGUGCCAGCAAGUAAAGUGCGGCGGCGUUCGAGCGCCGGCCUGCCCUCUGCAGACCUCAUGCAGAGACGUAGGUCCAGCGUCCAACUUCAGGCAAAUGUUGUGGUCCAAAAAAGCAGUGCUGACACCCAAAAAAACGCAGCCAAGGAGAAACACUGCAGCAUUUCUGCUCAGCUGCUCGGCCCAUCUCUUUUGCUUGCUAGCGUCAUCCAAAUGAGUGAAAAGAAGGAAAUGGACGAAGGAAGUGAGGGAGGACAGGCCUCUGCCUCAGACUCGGAGAGCAACAGCAGCUGGGAGGAGCCUGAAGAAUCAGAGGUUGAGUGCUGUGCAUCGUGGUUACCUCAGAGUCUGUUAAUAGCCGAGAGCAUUCAGCCCCGCCCCUUCAUCCGUGCGCCACGCUGUUUACGCCGAAACUCCUCCCACUUGCUUCCAGCUGAGGCCGUGUAUCGUGGCCCUGGCUACUACGGGCUGUACGGGCGUUACCGGAGAAACAGCCAGGCAUGGAGGGCAGCAAAUGUGGGGGUGGGGCCUGCACGGGCAGGGAGGCGGAGCUCUAUGGCACCUCGGGCCUACAGCAUGAGCUCCCCCUGGUGGCAGGGGAUGUACUACAAUCCAGAGACGGACACAUGGAGUGGGUUCCUCUCGAAGGCCAUAGCUAAGUCAGGGCUCCAGCACCUGCCGUCUCAACCCAGCUGUUCACUACUGGCCAAGUGUGACUCGGACAGAGAGAUACGCAGCACUGUGGACUGGAGCGAGUCAGCACUGUAUGGAGAGCACAUCUGGUUCGAGACCAACGUCUCUGGGGAUUUCUGUUAUGUCGGAGAACAGCACUGCUACGCAAGGACACUGCAAAAAUCGGUUGCUCGAAAGAAAUGUGCUGCGUGCAAGAUUGUCGUUCACACCAUCUGCAUAGAGCAGCUGGAAAAGUUAUCUCACAGGAAGUCUUCGCUUGAGGCGGAGUGGCUUGAUGAGCUGCCACACAAAGAUCCAUCUUUCAGAAUCAACUUCAGGUGUAAACCAUCAUUCAGGGAAUCAGGCUCUCGGAACAUUCGGGAACCCACUAUAGUGCGGCAUCACUGGGUCCAUCGACGGCGACAAGAGGGGAAGUGCAAGCAGUGUGGAAAGGGAUUUCAGCAGAAAUUUGCCUUCCACAGUAAAGAGAUUGUGGCCAUUAGCUGCUCUUGGUGCAAACAAGCUUAUCACAACAAGGUGACAUGCUUCAUGCUGCAGCAGAUAGAAGAGCCGUGUUCAUUGGGCGCUCAUGCAGCUGUUAUAGUACCUCCUACAUGGAUUAUACAUGUCCGCAGACCUCAGUCCUCACUAAAGUCGAGCAAAAAGAAGAAACGGACAUCGUUCAAACGCAAAUCUAGCAAGAAGGGAGCAGAGGAGUCUCGAUGGAAGCCGUUCAUUGUGAGGCCCAUUCCCUCGCAGCUGAUGAAACCACUGCUGGUGUUUGUUAACCCAAAGAGUGGCGGAAACCAGGGGUCCAAAAUAAUCCAGUCAUUUAUGUGGUAUUUAAAUCCUCGGCAAGUCUUUGACCUGAGCCAAGGUGGACCAAAAGAAGGGUUGGAGAUGUACCGGAAAGUUCACAACCUGCGCAUUCUGGCAUGUGGUGGCGAUGGCACAGUUGGCUGGAUCUUGUCCACUCUGGAUCAGCUGCAGUUGAACCCCCAGCCCGCUGUAGCUGUACUACCUCUGGGAACUGGAAAUGACCUUGCCAGAACCCUCAACUGGGGUGGGGGUUACACAGAUGAACCAGUGUGUAAGAUCCUCUCUCAUGUGGAGGAUGGGAACGUUGUGCAACUUGACCGCUGGAACCUGAUUGUGGAGCCAAACACAGAGGCGGGACCAGAGGAGAAAGAUGAGCAGGUGACAGACAAGCUUCCCCUUGAUGUUUUUAAUAACUAUUUCAGCCUGGGCUUUGAUGCUCAUGUAACUCUGGAGUUUCAUGAGUCGCGAGAGGCAAACCCAGAAAAAUUCAACAGUCGCUUCAGAAACAAGAUGUUCUAUGCUGGGACGGCCUUCUCAGAUUUCCUCAUGGGGAGCUCAAAAGAUUUGGCCAAACACAUUAAAGUGGUGUGUGACGGUGUGGAUUUAACGUCUAAGGUCCAGGAUUUGAAGCUGCAGUGUUUGGUCUUCCUCAAUAUACCCAGAUACUGUGCUGGCACGAUGCCAUGGGGGAACCCAAGUGAGCAUCAUGACUUUGAGCCUCAGCGUCAUGACGACGGUUGCAUCGAAGUAAUCGGCUUCACCAUGACAUCACUGGCAACGCUACAGGUCGGAGGUCACGGUGAGAGGCUUAAUCAGUGUCGUGAGGUGACCCUCACCACCUAUAAGUCAAUCCCCAUGCAGGUGGACGGAGAGCCGUGCAAGCUGGCCCCUUCAACCAUCAACAUCUCGCUCAGAAACCAAGCCAACAUGGUGCAAAAAACCAAGAGGAGGACCUCUAUACCAUUGCUUAAUGAUCAGCAGCCGAUCCCAGAGAGGUUACGGAUCCGAGUGAACCGUAUCAGCAUGCAUGACUAUGAAGAUCUUCAUUACCACAAAGAGAAACUUAAAGAAGCUUCAAUCCCAUUGGGGCUCAUCGUCAUCCCUGGAGACAGUGACCUGGAAACCUGUCGUGUACAGAUUGAGAAACUACAAGAGGCAGGUGAUGAUACCAAGGCCAAAACGCUGUCAUGUCAGAGAUUGUCACCAAAGUGGUGCUUUCUGGACUCAACUACAGCAGAUCGAUUCUACAGGAUCGAUCGCGCACAGGAACAUCUGCACUAUGUGACUGAGAUCUCUCAGGAUGAGCUGUUUAUUUUGGACCCCGAGCUGGUAAUCACAGAGAGUGUGAGCACAUCACCAGGCAUGCCUGACUUGGUAGACUCAUCCGCAGAGAUCUCUUCAGCUCAACAGAAAUUCGCCUUCCCAUCAACCUCCUCGUCUCCUCCCUCCUCUCCAACAGCCAGAAUCACUGAGAUGCAGAAGGCCACACAGAGGAAGCGUGUGUCCAGUGAUAGCUCUGUGGCUGAAGCUCUGGCACACAGUGACUCGUUUCGAACAGCCAAGCCAGCACUGAGCAGGGCAGGGGGUAUUCACCGCUCUAACACAACCGCAGCCGAUUUCAAUCAAGCUAACAGGUCAGAAAAGAAUGCUGAGAGCGUCAGUAGUCCAGUGUCAGCAGAUGUUCUUAUUGAGUGUGUGAAGAACAAGGACCAUCAGAGGCUAAGGGAGCUCCAUAAGCAAGGGGGGGACCUGUGUGUGCAGGACUCAGCAGGUCGCACAUUACUCCAUCACGCAGUGAAUGUGGCCAGUAAAGAAAUUGUCAGAUACAUCAUUGAUAACGCACCUACUGAUAUAUUGGAUGUGACAGAGACAGAAAAUGGGGAGACGGUGUUGCACAAAGCGGCCUCGCUGUGUCAGAGGACGAUCUGUCACUACUUAGUGGAGGCAGGAGCUUCUCUUAUGAAGACAGACUUACAGGGUGAUACCCCGAAGCACAGAGCCGAAAAAGCAAAGGACACAGAGCUGGCGGCGUACCUGGAGAACCGGCAGCACUACCAGAUGAUUCAACGUGAGGACCAGGAGACAGCAGUCUGACCUCUGACCUUUAACACACCUUCACCCUUUGGAGUCUGGAGCCAUCUACUUGUGCCAAACCAAUAAAGUCUAUACGAAUAGACUAGUCCAUAAUGGAAGGCUCCUCUAUAUGGGGUGAAUACUUAACUCCUAGCCAACUCUAGAGCUAAGAGACACACGUACACACAUUAUGAAGAGAUCUGUAGGCUUAUCGGCUUGACUAAAUUUACAUCCUUUGCACCAUCAGCGUUUACUAGUGCGUCUGUGUCAGAAUGUAUGGAGAGGGCUGGGGUUUUACUUUGUUAAUGCAGUAACUAAUCUGUGUGGCUUUUACAGAGCAAUCAUUCAGAUUAACACUGAGCUUGUUGAAAGGUAUCUGAAGCGAGACUGUAUGGGACUGUGAAUCUAUGAUGUGAGAUCUGCAGCACUGAUCACGCAGCUCAGAAUUCCAAUGUUGUUGUUUUGUUAAGAAUAAUAAGGUUAUUGCUCUGCAGGCAUUUCAGAGAUUUACAGACUUGUUUGUUUACCCAAACUAAGUGGAUGAGUGUUGAAAGCUUAAGUUUUAGGAUGUGAGGCGCUGGCUUUCAGCUCUCACUGCACUGAAAACAUUUUGAGCCUGUAGUAGCUGUUCUUGGCUUUGCUUCUUUCAUUGUUUUUUUUUUUCUUUUCUCUUCUCUUCUGGAAAGGUUUCAUUCUAAUAACUUUUGGUACUGUAAAUGUAUCUUACUAGGUUUCUGUCUGAGAAACCUUUGCACUGUAGCUUUCAUUGCCUUCUUUAUUCCAGUCAUACAUUUCUUGAUUUAUAAUUGAUGUACUUAGAUUAGCGUUUAUUUGUAAACCCUUUUUAAUAGUAAAUAGAUGUUUAUAUAAUUUAUCAUUAUAACAUCUGACUUGUUUACUUGUCUUAUUGUAUUAUAAAAUACUGUACAUUUCAGAAUGCAGAUCACUUGAUUUUGUUCAUAAUUCUCUGCUCUUGAAUUGUUCUGGAUUGUCUCACUGUAUGACAGAAUGUUAUCCUUCUAAUCAAUGAGUUAUCUUAAUGCACCAACAUGUGAUGAUGCUAUUUAUUUUCUAUCAUAGAUAUAUGUCUAAGUUAAAUUAGUUUUGAAACUAGAUAUAAUUGAUUAAAAAUAUUUAAUUUGCAAAGAUGGGCACUUUCUUGUGGCCACUGUACAGUUCCAUCUUAAAAUAUAUUUAUUUAUAAAGAUAUCCCCAGCAUUGUGGAGGUACACAUGCAUUUUGUUAACUCCAUAAGCUAUUAUUAAAGUACCCUCCUAUGAAAAUUAGAUUCUCAUCAACAGAUACAUGCAGCAAACCUUCACAAACUAAAUAGAAACAUUAGUAUUUGGUGUUUCACUACAGAAAGAGUUAGGAGAGUCAUUAUCUCUGUGCAAAAAACCCCAACAACAACAGUAAUUUGUGAGAUUUCUUAAAAUAAAUAAAAUCACUGGCCAUGUAAUCUAGUUAAUGAUACAUAAAAUGGUUUUGGAACCAUGUGCGGGGGGGG